AUGAAGACGCUCCUUUUGUUGCUUGCCAUCGUGCUGAAAUCUGUGGCGAGCGUUCCGCUCGAGUCCAGCGUGGAGAGAGGUAAUCCUUGGGAGAACAGCGGGAAAUUUGAGGGCGACAUGGUUUUCUCAAGAAAAAGGAAUGGGGUCAUUGACACUUACUAUCGAUGGCCGCAGGCCCGUAUCUGCUACACCAUUUCUUCAGCAUUCACUCAAUAUCAAGCUGAUCAUAUCAGAAGAACCUACGCAAGUGGAUUCAGUGGUACCUGUCUUAAGAUUGUGGAGUGCCAGUCGUGCUGCAAUGGAGACUACGUCCAUAUAACAAAUAACCCAGACGAUGGCUGCUACGCGAUCGUGGGAAGAGUUGGUGGUCAACAACAAUUAAACUUGGCUCCAGGUUGCCUUGAACCGGGUACCAUUUUGCACGAAAUGCUUCACGCUGCCGGUUUUUGGCAUCAACAAAGCAGUCCAGAACGAGAUAACUACGUCACUAUAAACCUACAAAAUGUUAGGGAUGGUAAAUGA